AUGGCCACCACGGCCGAAGCUGCGGCGUCGAGGCCCCAUGCCAUUGCCUCUCGCUCGCUCCCCCCUCCUCAGCCUCUCUGGCCCAUAACGUUUGCCCGCCGCCGCCGCAUCGCAUCACAUCGCGCCACCUUGCCCUUCACCAGCAUGCUGACGAGUGCUCCCAAAGACCGCAAUGCGCGCAAGCGACCCUUUGCGGGCUGGAUGAAGCGCCUCGCCAACCUCAAACCCUCAUCAUCCGAUACGCCCAGCAAGAAGAGCAGCGCGGCAAAGAAGGCGGCAGCAAAGAACAACCCUUACCCCGAGUCAGGCACCGUUAACGCCCGUACGGCUGACCACGUCUCAUCGUCGACGACACCCGGUACGCCACGCUCCAACGGCAGCUUCACGUCGGUCGAGGAGAGCGCGGCAGGACAGCGCAAGGCCCUGGCCAAGAGCAACAAGAGUACUGCGCCCACGGUGGCCACGAAUCCCGAGACGGUCAACUCGACGCGCUCCAAGGCAGAAACGGGGACCAGCAACUUUGCCACCGGUGGCAGCACCUUUUCCUCGCCGCAUGGCUCUGAGCAGUCCCUCAGCACUACCCUGACCACCAUCCAGUCUAGCGCGCCCUCCAACGUGCUCAAUGGCGCCCACAACAACAAUAACAACAAUGCGACUGCUUUGAACGGCACGCCCAUUGUCUUUACACACCAAUUCCCCACCUCCCCACCCCCCUCGGCCAUCCCGCCACAUCUCGCCCCUGCCACGCAGCAGCCCAACUCGUACCAGGGCGCCACGGCAAACAACAUCCUUACAGACAACGCCUCCAUCCUAACGCUCGCCUCGUCGUCAAAACGGCGUCGUCGCAACUCGGUCGACACCAAUGCUUCGAUGCGCGCCCUUGCGCCUUCCUCUCACUACGGCGGCAGUCGCGAAUCCCUCCCGCUCAGCGUCCUCUCCGCAAAUCCCGACUCGAUCUACUCGCCUGCCACACGGGCGACCACCAACGUGGGCAGUCUCGCCAACGCCGAGCGCGCAAGCGUCUACUCGGCUUCGGGCGUCACCGCCCCGGUCCUGCCCAGCGAACGCAACAGCUACUACGCGAACAAGCCGACGGAUGGCCUGAGCGUCCGCAGUGGACUGCUGGGACAUGGGCGUACUGACAGUAUCAGUAGUAUUCGUGCGACGCCCACGAGUCCACUGGCGAGCCCGAGGGAUCCCAUGGGGCCCGGGAGGAUCGGUCGCAAGAGCUUCGAAUGGGGUCAGGCGAGGGAGGCAAGUGACGAGGAGGACACAAACACCACGGCUGGUGCCAAGGCAGGAAUCGAGGACACGGGCAAGGACAAGGACAAGGAAAAAGACACGGGCGCAAGUCUUGAAAGAUGA